GCCGCCCUGGGCACACUACGCGUUUUUCGUCUACCGUCACGCGAGCCGAUGCACGCGAGUGAGAACACGUGUGGAUCACUGUGAAUCACUUUCGCACGCGUCCGAAAUCCGACCGUUCCACCCGUACGUCGCCCCUCUUCGAUCCACGUUUCGUCGUCCUCCGCGAUAAAUGUUUAGUUAUUCUCAUGAACAAGUGAAUAAUAUUGUAAUCGCCAGGAAGAACGAUUUAUGAUCGUUAAUAAAAAUAAUUAGCAUCCUAGAGACCCUUUGGGACUGGCGUCUCCGACGGCGGUAGACGGGAAUCGAAUGCCGACUGUCCCCGAUGUCGCGUCGUAUCGCAGCGAUCGACAAGAGGAUCCGGAAAUCGCCGAGGAUGCCAAUCGCGUCCACGAGGUCGUUGCGGAAAAGCAAAAGGCGUAAUCCGUUUAAAAGAGUCUCGAGGUGAACCGCCGCGCCGAGGACGAGUCGACCACGAGCCGACGAGUCUGAACGAAAAGUGACCGUACGAUUUUACGUAUCGAAUUUGAGAAGAGAUUUCCGUCGUCGAUCGAAACAAAACGACGUCGACUGAGUCGUGCUAAUUUUUGAAAUGGAGAAGAUUGGACCGAUCGCAUCUUCCUUCUGUUCCGAAACUGUGUGCUUCUUCCUGUGAAAUAUUUUCCAUUAGAAUUGCAAGAUCGUCGGACGUUAAAAGUACACUUAAUUAUAAUCGAUGAAGACUUUGCCGCUGUAUAAUAAUCUCUGUGGGAUUGAAAACGAAGGAACGAGAGGAUAACGAGCGAAACCGAGGUUCCAUCGUGAAAAACGAACAAAAAGGUGACCGUCGAAGUUGGAGAAGAAAUUGCUUAAGGAACAAACUUCCUCGCGAUUCUUCCACCGAUUCUAAUAAAAGAGAGAUUAGAAUGUGCGGCGAUUAUUUUACGAUUGAUCCGAAUCACGGUAAAGGGAAAUGAUCGAAUCCGACGGAGAGAUUAAUCGCCGUUUCACUUCGCCGCAGAUAACCUUUCAUCACGCUUCAUUGACUCUCAGAGGAAAAUAUCGUCGCUCAAUUAUUUUGCAUCGACAGAAACGAUCGAGAAGUGAAAAUGUGUGAACGUCCAAAGCGCAGGAUUUCGCAUUUUUUUAUCUGAACACGGUCUUACGACUCGAAGUUAAUUGGUCAGUUUGAAGUUACAUCGUUGGAAGAUCACUCGGGGUCAGUUUAUACAAUAGCGAAUUCCGCAAUUGACAGUAAUGUACACAGAAACUUGUAUUGAAUUUAAACAUCGGGAAUUAAACGACGUUCGUACAAAAGCAAUCGUCCGUUGACGGAGACCGAACUUUCAAGUGUUCUGAGAAUACUCUGAAUAACACGUUAAAUCGUUUAUAAUAGACGACCGAAGACUCUUUAUCAUUUUAAUUUAUCUAAUCGAGUUCGAGCGAAAUUAACAUUUUAAACCGACGGUAAAUCGAUAAAUAUUAAUGCACAGUGCAUCAGACGCGUAUCAGUAAUGAAAUGAUGGUGUUUGAAUAACGUCGUUUCCGAUCCUCUCCUAUCCAUUCUUAUUUUACUACGAAAUUCGUUUUAUCGCCGAGUGACCCGUAAACAUCCUCCCCGAUAAUUAAUGUGCAAAUUCGAAAAUCGAAUAAUUGGAAAAAAGGUGAACCAUGAAAACGCAUCGUGCGGUGAAAUAAACGAGUGAGGGAAACGAAAGAGGGAAUUGGUCGUUAAUUGCAAUACGAUAUUAAUCAGAAUCCAUUAAACGAAUAAAUAUUUAAAAAAAUGUAUUAUCAAGUGGUGAUAAAAAUAAUGACGAUCUCUAAUUCUCUUGUCCCGACUUAAGUUAAGAACCUCGACAUGACAUUAAGAAAGUAACAGUGUUUGGAUUUUUAAAUAAUUCAUCGAUGAAAAAAGGGUGAAUCUGGAAAAGCGAAGACGACCAUGAACAGGCGGGACCGGCCGAUGGUUGGUGGUCAGAUGAACGGAAGUUCGUGUUGGUACAGAGCCUCGGGAUGUUGCAAGCUGUUAUGCUAGGCAGCGGUCCGGGCCGAGGCAGACACGAAUGGUAUCCGGGAUUUUAUUUGCAACGAGGACGACUUGGAUGCAGGAUGAACCGCGGCGAACAGGAGACGUUGUUCAGACAGAGCAGGCAAUUAACGAGGAUCGUACCGUCGCAGGAGGACAUGGUGCUAAGCGUGCUGAAAUCACCGAUCAGUCAGCAUCAGCAACGACACCAGUGUCACCCCGAGUACCAUGUUAACUGCCAGGAUUACCAGAAUUACAAGAAGUGCAUACAUUCAGGUGAUGCGAACGAGAGUUUUCCAAGGGGCAAGGAGCAAUGCUCUAGGCUUGCGGAGAAACGAUCGAGCGCCGCGGCCGCGUACGCCGCCCUGCAGACGAGCGAGGGCGAACUCGUGCCGAAGCACAGCCUCGAGUCCGAAGAGGCUGCCCUGAAGACGCCCGGCAGCGAGACGGAAGACACCGAGGACACGGAAGAGAACGCGAUGAGAGUGGAAGAGGCGGCGGCCUCGCCCAACUGUCGUUUCACGUUUCUUAGACGGUUCCGGUCGCCACGUUUCGGCGAGGCGCAUCACAAAAGGGUGCCCACGCCGUUGAAGAGGAAGUAUCGUAGGAAGAAGGAGAAAGAUGAUAUUAUAAACGACGACAUGAACACCACCGAGGAGCAACCGCCCAGUUUGAACCAAGGCGUGCCCGAUCCUUAUUACCCGAUCUACCUGCCCAUCGAUCAGGCCUUCAAAGCCAAGUACGUGUUUCAUCACAAGAAAGGGAAAACCUUCCAGGAGAGGCUCUACGUGUUCCUGGAACACCCUGGAGGCUGGAUCUGUUUCGUCUAUCAUUUCACUGUGUUCAUGGUGGUACUGGUGUGCCUCAUAUUUAGUGUCUUGUCAACGAUAGACCAGUACAGUAGCUUUGCGAACGAAACACUUUUUUGGAUGGAAAUAUGCUUGGUGGUGUUCUUCGGAGUGGAGUAUAUGGUGAGAUUAUGGAGUGCCGGCUGCAGAUCAAAGUACAUGGGCUACUGCGGCAGGCUCCGUUUCAUACGGAAACCGAUUUGUAUCAUAGAUUUAAUUGUGGUGGUCGCGUCCAUGGUGGUGUUGACGGUGGGAAGCAACGGCCAGGUGUUCGCCACUUCCGCUAUAAGGGGUAUCCGAUUUUUGCAGAUACUCCGAAUGCUCCACGUGGACCGGCAGGGUGGCACGUGGCGACUUCUCGGCUCCGUCGUUUUCAUUCAUCGUCAGGAAUUGAUCACGACGUUGUACAUCGGGUUCCUAGGUCUUAUUUUCAGCAGUUACUUUGUGUACCUUGCCGAAAAAGAUGCUGUCGGGCCCGAUGGAAAAACAGACUUCUCCAGCUACGCCGACGCUCUUUGGUGGGGCGUGAUUACUGUGACUACGAUUGGUUACGGUGAUACUGUCCCCCAGACGUGGAUGGGGAAAAUAGUCGCCUCGUGUUUUAGCGUGUUCGCUAUAUCUUUCUUCGCACUUCCAGCGGGGAUACUGGGCUCGGGGUUCGCGCUGAAGGUUCAGCAGAAGCAACGGCAGAAGCACUUCAACCGGCAGAUACCGGCGGCCGCGAUGCUGAUUCAGUGCCUGUGGAGGUGUUACGCCGCGGACAAGGCGAUAAACAGCGUGGCCACGUGGAACAUCUACAUCAAGGACCCAGCGCCGACCGGGCAGCCGUCGACGCCGUUGGGAAAGGUAAGAUCCCCGCUUCAUAUCUGGCCGAGUUCAGUGGCAGUAGCUACUACAUAGCCGUUGGUUGUUGGUGUUCCUAGCUGCUUACGAUGUCCAAAGAACUUUUUCGCCGACGAACUACUCGAUAUUUCGUUCUUCUGUAUUCUAUUUUCCGCUGGAUCACGUGUAUCAGUCAUUCUCGGAUCAUUUAAUAAUCCGGAGCGCCUAGAAAUAAAUAUUAACGAGUCACGCGAAGCGUGAUCAGCUCAGAUCACUCUAACAGUUUUAAACACCGGGCAAAAGGAAUAAUUUCAAAGUCAAUAAUCGAUCCUAUUUUUAAUUUACUAUUUUUUAUUUAAAUACCAAAGAUAGUCGAAUUGAAAUGCUGAUUCUUUAAUUCUAGUCGCUCCAUUAUUUGAAUCGAAAGAUUCAUCUCAUUUCCUAGUGAGUCACGGAAAAUGCAUCUUGUUUCGAUAGUGUAUCGAAUUCCCGGGUAAAUCGGCUCUAUACGAAUUACGAGAGACGCAAGCUUCUCUUCUUCCGCGGUUAGAACGUUUCGCCAUUAGCAAACGAUUCUCGUGAAGUGACAGUAUUAUAUUUCUAGCAAGUUUUCUUUCAAUGCAGUUAAAUUCGCUAUUAAAUGAUUUUUAGUUCACAUCUCGUCGAACUUUGAAUUAUCAAGCAGGGAAACUUUUCUUUCUAAUAUUGUUAAUAAUAUGUCGCUCGUUCGUGGCUUAAAACGUUUCAGGCAUUCUGUGCAAUAAAUCUAUUUCACUUGGCCGAUUGAUAAUAAAAAUAACGAUAAAAGUGCAAAAGGGAAUACAGGGAAAAAAGAGAAUAGAGGCGGUGAUUCGGGUAAAGCGAAAUUCCGUGUGGCCCGUGGCCGACCGAUUCGUCGCGCGAUAGUUCGUUUAAUAAAUCAUAAAAUCAUGCAGAGAAAUUUGGCAGUGGAUGGAUGCAAACAGAGAAUGCGAAUUCUGCUCGGUGUUUCUCGAUGUUAAAUGCCGUUCAGUUGUACGCGGAAUAAAUAACUAUAAAUGAUCGUGAGUGUUGCUCGUGAUUAUUCGUGUGUUUUAACGCAGUUUCGAAUUACGCUUAAAACGCUUCUAUACAUUUACGUACACACACGCAUACAUACGUACAUGUUUAAUAACGACGUUUAAUUUCUUGACUGAUCUUCAAAAUUGGAACCAGUGUUCCAGGCAAAUAAAAAAUGAAACUGCUCGAAUUACUGUUGUUUUAUUAUUGAAACGUUCAGCGAUCAAUUUCAAUUUUUACUUCGAGUACCUCGCGUGUUGUGCACACAAUAAUUUAAUA